CUCGCAUCUCCCACAACCUACUUUCAGCAGAAUCGGGUCAAGACAGGAGCCUGGGGAGGGGCCAUGGUGCCAAGCCAGUUGUGGGGGAAACUGGAGAAGCCGCUUCUCUUCCUGUGCUGCGCCUCCUUCCUCCUGGGGCUGGCUUUACUGGGCAUACGGCCGGACGUCGCCCCUGUUGCUUAUUUCUUUCUCACCUUGGGUGGUUUCUUCUUGUUUGCCUGCCUCCUGGCCUGUUUCCUGGAAUGGGGGUUCCGGCCUGAGAGCCCAGGGGCCUCAGGCAAUGCACGGGACAAUGAAGCCUUUGAGGUGCCAACCUAUGACGAGGCUGUGGUGUCGGAAUCACAAGGCCACCCCCAAGAGCUGGAUCAACCACCCCCUUACAGCAGCAUUGUAACCCCUGCAGGACUUGAGGAGGGACAGGCUAGCCAUCCAGAGGGGCCCAGGAGAGCCACACUGGAAAGGCGAGUGGGCUCAGAGGGGUCUAUGACUCCAGGAAACCCUGAAAGAGCUCCAAUCAGCCUUCGGCUUCGGGGACCACGGGUCGUGUCCACUGUGCCUGAUCUGCAGAACAUGGCGGUGCUCCCCAAAUUGGAACCUCUUACUCCUCCUCCUGCAUAUGAUGUCAGCUUUGGUCACCCUGAAGAUGAUAAUGUUUUCUAUGAAAACAACUGGACACCCCCCUAAAUGACUUUAUCACUAUAUAACAUCUCUGCACCAGACCCACUCAUUUAUUUGAUCAACGUUUCUCAGUGCCUGCUUCAUGUCAGGAACCAUAUUUCUGCCUGGACGUCACAAAUGGGGACUUUAACCCAGAGGAGUCAGGCUAUGGUAAGCCCCUCCCAGUUGAGGUGUUGGUGGCAACAUUCAGUGACCUACCCCAUAUCC